AAUUGGACUGUUCCUCACAUUAUAUAUGGACUUCACAUGGCUUGGUAAAACAACACCGGUGAGUGUUCUUUUGUUUUGUUUAUGUUCUUGCUAGAGCUUUAAAAGGGUCUUGGCUUUUGUAACUGUAAUACGGUAACUCAAACCAUAAAAAAAAUGACUACUGCGAACUAUUAUUAGUCUAGUGAGUUUGGAAGAUUUGGAAUUCUCUCUCUCAAAUAUUAUUUUGAUUCUAUAACAUGGGUCGUUGUCAGUAGGCAAGUUGUCAAUGAAAUAGACCAACAACCUCAAUGUUUACUGAUCUUUUCUUAUAGAAUCUAUUAAUUGAGAAACCCCCCCAUUAAUAUUCUAGAUAUUUGGAGGUGGUGGGUUUAUUUCAUCAUUAUUAGAAGAGCUCGAAGUGACUAGUUUUUUUGGGUGGUGAUUGUGAAACCGUGAAAACACUACAUAGGUCAUGGAGUUCUUAAGUUUAUGGAGAUGGGUUUUGGUUCUUAGUAACUGGUAUGUCAAGUUUUGAUUGAUUAGUUUCAAAGCUUUUAAAGUUUAUAAGAAAUAGAGAAGAAGAAGCCUUUAUAAAAUAUUUACCUUAUUAAAUAUGCUUGAUGGGGGCAUGAAAAUGUCCCUCCAUACACUUUAUAGUCCUCCUGUUCUUCGUAGCCUUGUAACAAAGAACAGAACCUACUUUGAAGCCAGACGACCUAGAUCACCAAAUCAUCAUCACCCAUCAGUGACCGUACAAGUAUCUUCAGUUCUGGUUCAGACUGAUGAAAGUGGAAACUCACCAGAACCCAUCAAGGUUUUAAGCUCGGAGAUGAUGAAUCAACGGCCAAGAUGCACUCAAAACUCAGACCAACUCCUCAGCCAGCCAAACACCAUAGGCAUCAUCGGUGGAGUCUCGGCUUUUUCCACUCUCAUUUUCCUGGAAAAGCUUGUCUGGUGGGGCAUCAGAGCUGGGGGUUGCCCACCCUUUGUGGUCUGCAGUGACUCAUCACUGCGCAUGAAGCUUCCCAUUUUGAAUUCUUUUCAUUCGUUUAAUGCGCAUAUGGCUCAAAUCCAAUCAAGUAGUUUUGGUCCGGUAGUCGAGAGCUUAAGGCGGAAAAGGGUCUUUCUGGAGCAAUCUGGAGCUCGCUGUAUAGUCAUGCCUUGUCAUAUAUUACAUGUCUGGCAAAGUGAGAUAUCUGAAGGGUGUUCUUUGCCUUUCCUUCAUGCUGGUGAGUGUGUAGCUAAGGAGCUUUUGGAAGCAAAAUUGAAGCCUCUUGAGGUUGGUAAUGGAGUGCGGAUUGGAGUUCUUGCCUCCAAUGAAGCUCUAGUGGCAGGUAUAUAUCAAGAGAAGUUGCAGAACGAGGGUUUCGAGGUUGUUUUGCCAGACAGAGCCACAAUGGAGCACGUGGUGAUUCCUGCAGUAGAAGCAGUGAAGAGAGGAGACAAAAAAGGAGCUCGGAAUCUCAUGAAAAUAGCAGUACAGAUUCUAUUGAUGAGAGCUGUAAAUACUGUCGUAAUCGCUUGUGAUGAAAUGCAGGGUCUUCUUCCACUUGAUGAUCCUCUUCUUCACAAAUGUACUGAUCCCAUGGAUGCUCUUGCAAGGUCAACAAUAAGAUGGGCUAAUUCUGAGGCAAAUAUGCAAAUAUGAUGAGCAAGGAGAGCUUAGAUUCAUGUUUGGUAAUAUGAUAUGUACAUUUCUUAAUGCCAUUGUCAUCGAUAAGGAAGAUGUUUCGUACAUGUCACUUCCUUUAUGUUUACUUGCAUUUAUAGAUUCAAUCUCUUUCUUCUUAUAGCUCAACCGAAUAAGUGACAAAGAUUAGUUUUGUUAUUGCUCUGCUUGGAAGAACAAUGGAGUUGGAGUGGGACUCGUGGUUUUGUAAUCUGAAAAGAGUGUCAGGUAAACAAGUUGAUUCUGUUACUAUUCAUUUGGGUUGUUGGGCCA